CUUGUUGAACUGCAUCCUGUUGUUUUCUGCCCACUUGUCCAACCUAUCCAGGUCUGCCUGCAGCUGUUCCCUGCCCUCCGGCGUGUCCACUUCUCCCCAUAGCUUUGUGUCAUCUGCAAACUUGGACAGAGUACAUUUCACUCCCUCGUCCAAGUCACUGAUGAAGAUGUUGAAGCGUAUUGGUCCCAGGACUGAGCCCUGCCCACUGGACUGUGUAGUCAUCCAAGUCACAGCCUCUUAACUUGUUCACCAGUAUGGGGUGGGAUACCGUAUCAAAGGCCUUCCUGAAGUCUAAGUAUACGACAUCCACCCCUCCUCCUGUGUCCAGGCGUUUCAUAACCUGGUCAUAAAAAGAGACUAGAUUGGUCAGGCACGAUCUGCGUGCCACGAACCUGUGCAGGUUCAUGACCCUUCUUGAAGUGCAGUGCCCAAAACUGCACGCAGUCCUCCAACUGCGGUCUGACCAGUGCCUCAUAGAGGGGAAGUGUCACCUCCUUGGAUCUAUUGGUCACGCAUCUGCUGAUGCACGAUAAAGUGCGGUUAGCUUUGCUGGUGAUUUUGUCGCACCGAUGACUUGUGUUCAUCCUGGAGUCCACUAGGACUCCGAGAUCCCUUUCUGCAUCUGUGCUGCUGAGAGGACCCUCAGCCAGUAGAUGUGGGUCCCAGCCAGUGGGUGUGCUGGAUAUUUUUGCACCCUCGGUGCAGCACUCUGCACUUGUCCUUGUUGUGUUGCAUCCUAUCGUGUACUGUCCACUCUUCCAACCUGUCCAGGUCUGCCUGCAGUUGUUCCCUACCCUCUGGACUGUGCACUUCACCCCACAAUUUAGUAUUGUCUGCAAACGUGGACAGAGUGCACGUCACCCCCACAUCCAAGUCACUGAUGAAGACAUUGAAGAGUACAGGUCCGAGGACUGAGCUCUGCAGGACUCCACUGCCCAUGUCCUUCCAGGUCAAUACCGACCUGUCUGCUACCACUCUUCUAGGUGCGACCCCCAAGUCAAUUUGCCAUCCACCAGACUGUGUGAAAAUCUGUCACAGCCUCUUCAUUUAUUUAUGAGAAUGGGAUGAGAUACCGUAUUGAAGGCCUUGCUAAAAUCCAAGAAAACGACACCCACCUUUCACACGCAGUUGAGUUACCAUUUCCUUUUGCAGCUUGUUUGGGGUCUUGGCACUGGGGAGAUUUGAGUCCAGUACCUCCUUGACACCAAGGGUGCUUCAUCACUGAUACCCCUGGACUAGGAGUCUCCUGCAGGCCCAGAUUCUCCGUGGUGGGGUGGGCUGGAGACCCUACCCUUACCCCAGGGCAUGGUGGAGGAGCAGUGCAAGGGGCAUACAGCAGCCCUGUGCUGUGCCUGCCCCAGGGUCUUCCCCCCUUCAGGCAACUGCUGGGGCCGUUUACCCCUGUGGCUCUGUCUUGGCCCAAGCAGUCCAGAGCUUGCUGGCUGCAGGCUGCAUUUAGUGCUGAGCUGAUGCCGUUGAGAUGUGCAAGUCUGCUGAGAAUCACUGUGCAUCACACCGCCAGCCCGGGUUUAGCUGAGACUUCAGCGGUGCCUAGGACUUGGGCUUCCUUGCAUGGGAGGGAGGGGGAAUUUCCCCCAGCAAAAGCCGUUCCCUUGUUGGGACUGGACAGAGGGUGCUGACUGCUUGUGCUUGCAGGUGCCGGUGACCUUUGAGGACGUGGCCGUCUACUUUUUCCGGGAGGAGUGGGACGUGUUUGCGGACUGGCAGAAGGCGCUCUACCGGGAAGUGAUGAUGGAGAACUACGGCACGCUGCUUUCUCUAGGCUAUGCAGGCCCGAAGCCUGACAUCCUCUACCGGAUGGAGCGGGGGGAAGAGCCGUGGGUCUGCACCCUGCAGAGCCCUGUGGUGUGGGAGAGCCCAGGCAGCCCCGCACCGGGAGACCUUGGGGACAGGAGCGGAUCAGAGAAGCAGUGCCAUGAUCCCUGGGCCAGCCCCCAGCCGUGCUCCGCGGUGUGGGAGAGCCCCGGGAGCCCGUGCUUAGGGGACAGGACCGGGUUGGAGGAGCAAUGCCGUGGGCCCCAGCAGUGCUCUGUGGUGUGGGAGAGCCCAUGCCUAGCCGGCGGCUCCAGGAGCAAGUCUGAGGAGCAGCAGCAAGAGGAAGCUUCAAGGACCCUGCAGCUGCCCCAGAUGUUUCUGGAGGGAUGGGAUGGGGGCACUGUCCCUAGCCCUGAGUUGCGGGGAGCCCCCAUGAAAGUGUGCAAACGCCAGAGCCAGGGCAGCGAGCUAGCCCCUGCCCAGGGAUGUCAGCGGUGCUUGGGGAAACUCCCAGGGCCUGGGAGCAGCCUGUGCCCUCGGUGCGAGCCAGAGGGCAGCGAGCCCAUGGCAGAGAAGCCGCACCGGUGCCCAGAGUGCGGGAAGGGCUUCCGGCGGAAGCAGGACCUGACAAAGCACCAGCGCACGCACACCGGGGAGCGUCCGUACCCCUGUGCCGAAUGUGCCAAGAGCUUCAGCCACGUCUCCAACCUCAUCAAGCACCAGCGCAUCCACACCGGCGAGCGCCCCUUUGCCUGUGACCUCUGUGGCCGCAGCUUUGCCCUCAAACAGGUGCUGGUGCGGCACCAGCGCAUCCACACAGGUGAGCGCCCCUACGCCUGCUCCCAGUGCGACCGGCGCUUCAAGGACAAGCAGAAGCUGGUCAUCCACCAGCGCAUCCACACCGGCGAGCGGCCGUACGUGUGCUCUGACUGUGGGAAAAGCUUUGGGCAGAGCCAGCGGCUCAAGACGCACCAGCGGGUGCACACGGGGGAGAAGCCAUAUGUGUGCAGCCACUGUGGGAAGGGCUUCAGCCAGCUCUCCAACCUCUACACGCACUGGCGCACGCACACCGGUGAGCGCCCCUAUGCUUGCACCCGCUGCGGGAAGAGCUUCGGCCUCAAGCAUGACCUGGCCAAGCACGAGCGUGUGCACACGGGCGAGAGGCCCUACCCGUGCCGAGACUGUGCCAAGAGCUUCAGCCAGAAGCAGGACCUCACCAAACACCAGCGCGUGCACACAGGCGAGAGGCCCUACCCCUGUGCCCAGUGCGGCAAGAGCUUCAGCAACAUCUCCAACCUCAUCGCCCACCAGAGGACACACACAGCGCCAAGGCUUCAUCCCCACCGGUGCCCGGAGUGCGGGAAGGGCUUCCGGCAGAAGCAGUACCUGACCAGGCACCAGCGCACGCACACCGGGGAGCGCCCCUAUCAGUGCCCAGAGUGUGCCCAGAGCUUCACCCAUGUCUCUAACCUCAUCAAGCACCAGCGCAUCCACACCGGCGAGCGCCCCUUUGCCUGUGACCUCUGUGGCCGCAGCUUUGCUGUCAAGCAGGUGAUGGUGCGGCACCAGCGCAUCCACACAGAGGAGCGCCCAUUCGCCUGCACCCAGUGCGACCGCAGCUUCAAGGACAAGCAGAAGCUGGUCAUCCACCAGCGCAUCCACACCGGCGAGCGGCCGUACGUGUGCGGGGAGUGUGGGAAGAGCUUUGGGCAGAGCCAGCAGCUGAAGACGCACCAGCGGGUGCACACGGGGGAGAAGCCAUACGUGUGCAGCGACUGUGGGAAGGGCUUCCGGCAGCUCUCCAACUUGUACACGCACUGGCGCACGCACACUGGCGAGCGCCCUUACUCUUGCACCCACUGCGGGAAGAGCUUCAGCAUGAAGCACGACCUCACCAAGCACCAGCGCAUCCACACCGGGGAGCGCCCGUACCCCUGUGGCCAGUGCGGCAAGGCCUUCAGCAACAUGUCCAACCUCCUUGCCCACCAGAGGACACACACGGCACAGAAGCUGAAGGCCGCUGGCUUGGCCCAGCCCAGCCAGAAGUAAGCGUGCAAUAGAGGCACUGGUGCAGCUCACCUUUUGGGCGUGAGCCCAUCAGGAAAUAGGUGCAAUUGGCCACUGAGUGUAACUGGCCCUGGAUGUACAGGUCGGGUCUCCUUCAGGCUGGCAUAAUUCAGGAGUUGCUCCAUUUUGCUGCAGCGGAGCGACAAUUGUGCACUGCCAGGGCUGGAGGAUGUACAAGAGGAGUGUCCCAUCUAUGCCAUGAGAGUGGGUAACACCUGCCCAGAUGCUGUCUUUGGCUAGCACCUCCUAGGAUCCCAAAUCCCCGUGGCUUCAACGGGAGCUGCACCUACCUAUGCCAGGGUCUGUUCUGUCUCGGGCAUCGUGCCAGGUCUCGCUUGUGCUGCUCCCCUGCAGGAGCCAGCUCUGUGCAUGGUACGCUGCAGCCCCGCUGUGCACGCCUGUGGAGCAGCUCACACCAGGGGAAACUUGCCCUUGUUGGUGCCACUGCCUGAGCUGGGACCCAUGCCUGUGCUGAGCUCUCUUGACCUGGAUGGGGCUUAGAAACGAUGGUGGCAGGCAUGCUAGGAAAGCUGAGAUGGGCAAUCUUAAUGCAAUGAAUGGGGCAGCACUGGGAUACAAAAGACAUCCAUCCCUUCACUCAGGAUCUGCUAGGGCCAAAUUCUGCUUAGUUAAAUCUUUUGUAAUUUCCAAGCAGUGCUGGUGGUUACUCCAGAAUUAGCAUCCUAUUCUGUUUGAAUUGACACCGGUCACCGUUUGACUGUGACUUUUCCCCUCUCCCUUCCUUAUGUCUGAGCAGAAUUUGGCUGUAGGAGAUGAAAUGAUGACUGGGCCCCUGCUGACUUGGUCAAUGAAUUGUGCCAUUUCAAGUGUUUUUUAAGUAGCAUGGGAGAGGAGAAUAAAUAAGGAUUAGUCAGUGUGCAUGGUCAUCUAGAUUUCCACAGAGCAGCUUCCCACUCCUGGCUGAAGCACUUAAAAAUGUAGGAAUCCGGCCCAGGUAUCCAUGGUCUCUUUCCCUGGUACUCCUGGCCCCCACCAACUCCUUGUUCAUUGGACAUUAGGUAGUAUUUUAAAUGCUAUUGAGAUUUGUGCCCAGUGGGAUCGGUGUUUUGUCACAGGUGCACAGAUCCAGGGACUGUCCCAAGAAUUAUCCUGCUGUUCUUUUAGUUCAUGGGUGGCAAAAGCUUGGUCGGUGUGUGGGUUUCUUUUGGCUGGCAGGGAAAGUAUUCAAACCUAUUUACUGAUCGUUCUCCAAACUUGUAAAGGCCAUCCAGGGCACUGGUGCCCUCCUCAUCUGGUCCCAUGGGGCAGCGGUGAAUUGUCACAACCCGGGGAGAGCCCCGUGGGCUGGGUGACAUGGCUCCGUGGACCGUAUCUUGGUCACCCCUGCCCUAAAACCAUUGGAUGUGAUGCAUGUGACAUAAUUUAAUUGCACCGUUGGAUGUGACACAAUUUAAUUGCACCUUGUGAUUCUUAGAAACCAAAUAAGCUCCUGUUGGAAAUUUCUGUCUACCAGCUCUUGAGCGGUGCUGGGACUCUGCUCAUCUCCCAGACUGCUUGGUGGCAUGGAUGGAGGAUCUUAUGGACUCCACCUUUACUAGAUGAGGACCAGAUCUUUACCUGUUUACUUUCUCUGAUGAGAAGGUAAACCUCAGGGCUUGGGGAAAUGAGCUGUUUAAACUAAAAGAUAACAUUGGCACAAAAAUAAAUGGUAUAAACUGGCUGUGACCAAGUGUAGCCCAGAAAUAAGUAGGUUUCUAACUAUCCGGGCAGUGAGGCUCUGCUAGGAGUAGCGGGGACAAAAGGUCUACCUGUUUUUAAGAUGCAACUGGAUAUGUUUGUGAAAAGGAUUAUUUAAUUGGAUGGGGUGAUAGCUGGGAAUAGAAUUGAUGAGGCUGUUUCCAGCCCCGUGUCUCCUUAUUCUCAGACGGGGCAUCACACUGCUCUUUGUAGGUUCAAACCAGGAAUAACCCAUUUUUAUCUUAGAGCCUUGCUUGUUCUGUCUUGGGCACCCUGGUAAAUGGUGUCUGCUCUAAGUGAGACUCUAAACUUUUUGGGACAGGGACCGGGAUAUAGUAUGUGUGUAUCCAGUGCCCAGCAUGGGGGGCCAGACUCCUGACUGGAGAGAUGACUUCAGUGGCUUUCAAACUAAAUUCUGCAAAACCAUGGGAUUUUAGGACUCGCCAGGGCUUCUGCAAAGAGACUAGGGGUAAUGGUGGGGGGGUUGCCUGGCUCUGUGUCAGCUCACACUGCCCUCGGCAGGGUUUCUGCAGCGGGAGAAGUGAUAUGAAAGGACUUUGUGACUCCAGGAAGUUUGAAAGCCAUUUAUCUAAGUCGUACUUACUUUGCAUAUGGCUAAUAAAUGGCUCAGGUGAGUGAAUAGGGUCUGGUCCCAGCAUGUGCAGAUUGUGAAGCGUGUGUGGGUAGUAGUUUAUAGGGGGUGGGAGGUAUCGGGUCUCUAGUGACUGUUAGGUAACUACACUGGGGUUGCUUUUGGAAACCCUUUGGGGAAUCUCCCUCUGUGGAGACAGACUGUCAGGCGCUAAAACACUCUUUAACUCAUCGGAGAGCUGCUGAACGAGAGCCAACAACUGGAAGCUGAAGCCUGUUGCAUUCAAAUUAGGGACACGGUACAAGCUGUUAACACUAAGGUUGAUUAAACAUUGGCACAAGACCCCAUGGGAAGUUACGGCAUCUCACUUUCCAGAUGAUUGCAGAUCCAGACUAGAUGUCUUCCUGGCAGAUAAUGCUGCCGACAGGGGCAUAGUAUUGGAUUCGGUGCAGGAGUGAAAUCCUUCGACUUGUGUGGUAUCGGAGGUCAGACUGGAUCAUCUGUUUGCUCCUUCUAGCCUUAAAUGUCAUGAAUGAAUCCAUCACACAGUUGGCCAUACUUUGCUCUACCUCCUUUUCUUUUAAGCACUCUGGUACUGGAGGCAGAAGUUUCGACUGAGGGAGGGAAAAGCCGUGCAGAGACUGAGUUGUUGGUGUUAGAUUAAUAUAGGUGUAGAAAAAUCAGUCCGGCUGCUCCCUGAUUGUGUUUUCCAGCGAGACCUAAUUCUCCGGUACGCUCUCUCCUCAUGGUGGGUUGCUACACACCCCUUUACCUUUUCUGUUCAGACUGUAAACUCUUCAAGGCCAGGACUGUUUCACUGAGUGCUUGUAUAACGAGGCCUAGAUCUCAUGGGGCUCUAGGGACUCCUGGCUCUCCUGAUGGGGCAUGACGAGAUGGGUGUCUCAGUUUUCCCAAAGUGCACGCCCAGGUACAGUAUUAGGUGCAGGUGCCCAAAUGGCAACAAGUCUGUGUUAAGAGAAAAGGCGUUUCAUGGGCUCAGAUAUGGUUAUUAUCAGUGGCGCGAGAGUAUUAAGAAGUAGUUGCAAAACCUACAGUCGUACACUGGAAAAGGACCUAAGACUAAGAGUUCUCCAGUGGGUAUUUGUGUGUGUGUGUGUGUGUGUGUGUGUGUGUGUGUCUCUAAUUCCCCCUCCCCCAAGUCCUGUGCAAUCCCAAUUAUUUUGUGACCUGCUUGAAGCAGGUUUUUUUUUUAACCCUGUGUGUUAAUUCUUGCAUGGUUGCUGUUCUCUAAAAUUAUAUUACAUCCCAAUGCGGUGAAAUAGUGAGUCCAUGUAGGAAUGACUCAUACUGGCAUUAGAUCAAAGGAUGAUGGGGAAGUAGGGCUAGAAGGGACCUCACAAGGCCAUCUUGGCCAGUCCCCUGCUCAAGCCAGGAUCAUCCCUGACUAAACCAGCGCAGCUAGAUGUCUGUUCAUCCUGCUCUUGAAAAUUUCCAAGGAUGGAGAUGCCAUGACUGCUCUAGGUAGCGUAAUGUCUGGCCACCCUCAUAGUCAGAAAAUUCCUUCUAUCACCAACCUAAAUGUGCUCUGUUGCAGCUUGAGGCUUAGUCCUAGUCCUGUCCCCUAUGGCCACCGAGAACUGUGAACUUCCACAGAGAAUCUCCACUCUAUAAUUGUCCGUCAGGCAUUGAGAAGCCGAAGUAAUCGACCCAGUUUUAAACAAGAUUACUGCUCACGACAGGUGAGCAAGCAGGUACGGGCCACUUUUGUGCAGCCAGGAUACCAAUCUAUAUGGAUCCAAGCUGGGGGGAGUAGCAGAUAUGCUGGAGCGUAGGGCUAGGAUUCAGAGAGACCUCGAGAAAUUGGAGGUUUGGACCAAAGAAAUCUCAUGAGGGUCAAUAAGAUCAAGUGCAAAGUCCUGCACUUAGGAGGGAGCAAUGCCAUGCACCAGGACAGGCUGGGGACUGAUGGGCUGGGCAGCAGCUCUGCAGAACAGGACCUGGGGGGACAGGGGACAAGAAGCUGAACAGGAGCCAACAGUGUGCCCUUGGUGCCAAGAAGGCUACCGGCAUCCUGGGCUGCAUUGGUAGGAGCAUUGCCAGCAGAUCGAGGUACGUGAUUCUUCCCCUCUGUUCAGCACUGGGGAGGCCACAUCUGGAGUCCUGUGUCCAGUUUAGGGCCCCCACGACAGAAAGGAUGUGGACGCAUUGGAGAGAGUCCAGUGGAGGGCAAUGAAAAUGGUUGUGGGGCUGGGGGACAGGACUGGUGAGGAGAGGCUGAGGGAAAUGGGCUGAUUCAGUCUGCAGAAGAGAAGACCGAGGGGAUUGAAUAGCAGCCUUCACCUCCCUGCAGGGGGGCUGCAAAGAGGACGGAGCUGGGCUGUCCUCAGGGCGGGGCAGAUGACAGGACAAGGAGCAAUGGGCUCAAGCUGCAACAAAGAAAGUUGAGGUUGGAUAUUAGGAAAAACUUUCUCACCAGGAGGGUGGUGAAGCGCUGGAACAGGUCACCCAGAGAGGUGGUGCAGUCUCCAUCCUUGCAGGUGUUUAAGACCCAGGUAGACAAAGCCCUGGCUGGGAUGGUGGAGUUGGGGCUGGUCCUGCUUGGAGCAGGGGGUUGUGACCUGAGGUCCCUUCCAACCCUCAUCCUCUGUGAUUCUGUGAUCCCCCUUUCGAUUCAGUAUCAUAAUUCUUAAGUUGCAAUGUAAAGUCAGAAUGAACUGGAGCUUUUUACACUGCACAUAAACAGAUUUUUAUAAGUCCUUUCCAUUAUAAGGCCCUGUUAUCAGUUGCUUAUGUCUUUAUCAGAUGUUAACCAUCUAGGCUAAUUUUUUUUUUUUUUAAAUACUGGGUAUCUGCCUUAGAUUAGUAUUUGGGGAAAGUUGCAGAAAAAAUAAAUCCAGUUUCAAGAAUGAGAUUUAGGGAAAAGGCUUCGCUUUGCCCAUAUUUAAAAAACAAAACUUGCAUAGCCUUUUCAAGUUAGAAGCUUUCGGGCCUCCAUACUUUGGAGCAGGGACUUGGAAACUGGUAGGGAGAUAGUCAUGGAUGUGCCUUUUACUGUUCCUCCAAAAAACACUCACAUUUGGCCAAGCCACAGGCCGACUGGCAUGCAGUGGAGUUUGAAUUAAAGCUGCACAGGAUACAAUAGCUCUGCCGUGUGUUAGGUUUUUAAAUACUGGACUUUGCAACCUGAGCAUACUUUCAGUGUAAUAUUAUUUUUUUAAUGUGAUUUCACAUAUAUAUGUAUGUUCUAGGACUACAGACUCUUUUUGGCCGGGGCACUUUGAGUUACAAUGCCUUUGGGAUUGUGUGUUGGAUCACAGCUGCUCCACAUUAUUGUUUUUGUGUUUUGUUUCUUUUUGCCUGAGUAUUCUCUAAGAUUAAUUUAAAAUGUAAUUUAAUUUAAAGGAUUAAAAUGACUGGGUGAC